AUGACUGAGUACGGCACCGGCAAGCAGGGAUACGCUAACCUGGAGAGCAACGCCAGUCUUCCAUUCUACCACGUUCGCAAUCCAGACUUCCGAGCCUACCUCGCUGAAUUCGUUGGUACCUUUAUCCUGGUGCUCAUCGGGGAUGGCUCUGUUGCGCAGUACGUGCUCGGCAGUGGGGGUGCCGGUCACUACCUAUCGGUGAACUUGUGUUGGGGUAUUGCAUUGCUCUUUGGCAUUCAUUUCUCCGGAGGUGUUAGCGGUGGUCACUUGAACCCCGCGGUUACCUUCACACUGGCCAUGUUCAAGCGUUUCGAGUGGCACAAGGUGCCCGGCUACUUCCUUGCCCAGACGGCUGGUGCCUUUAUGGCCGCCUUCAUCGUCUUCAUCGUGUACUACCCGUGGUUCGACAUCCACGACCCAGAACGUGAGACCACUCAAGGCAUUUUUGCUACCUACCCCAACGCCCAAAUCCCCAACUGGUCGGCUUUGGCUAAUGAGAUCAUUGGCACUGCUUUGCUAGUUAGCGGUAUCUUCGCAGUCAGUGACCAGCUCAACAAACCCGCUAGCCCCUAUACUUUUCCGGGUGCCGUUGCAUUGAUGCUUACAUGCAUUGGCAUGGCAUUCGGUCUUGACACUGGCUACGCUUUAAAUCCGGCCCGUGACUUUGGUCCUCGUUUGUUUACGUUCUUUGCUGGUUGGGGCUGGAAGGUCUGGACUCUUCGUGACAGCUACUUCUGGAUCCCUAUUGUUGGUCCGUUUAUCGGUGGCAUCAUUGGUGCUGCUACGUAUGUUGGUUUUGUCGAGGCCCACCAUACACCUCAGUGA